AUGGAACAACUUACCAGAUAUGAUGUAACAAAACUGGAUGACCCAAAAUGUGUAAAUACCUUCAGACAUAAAAUACGUCAUGAUUUUAAUAACUGCGACUUUAACAGCAUAGUAUCGGUAGAUGAAAGGUGGAAUAAAGCUAAGGAUAUAAUAAACAAAACAUCUGAUGCUGUAAUAGGAAAACAAAAGAAAUCGAAGAAACCAUGGUUUAACGAUACAUGUAGGAUAGCCCUAAAACGGAAAAAAGAAAGUAGAAUACAGUGGCUUAGCGACACAGACAACGUAGAAAAAGAAAAUAACUACAUAAUAUGCAAAAAAGAAGUAAACAAUAUAAUCAGAUACGAAAAGAGAAGGUACACGAAGACCAUGCUAGAAGAAACAGAAGAAUACCAAAAAUCGAAUAGGUCACGUCAACUAUUCCAAAAUAUCAAUGCCCUUAGAACAGGAUUCAAGAAACAAGAAAAGUUCUUAAAAAACUGA